GCAAGGCCCGUGCAGCGGGUAAGGAUGUCGUGGACUCAUCUGACUCUGAGGAGGAGGAGGAGGCGGCGGCGGCGGAGGAUAAUCUACCUGAUCUCGAUGCGCCUCAGGAUGGACAGUAAUUCAGCUGCCGAGGCUACCGACAUUCAAGUUGACGAGCUCAGUCGCAUGGGUCCCCUUCCUCCGUAUUUGCUACAACCCGCCAUGUGUAGUAGCGUAGAAGAUCCUAUGAAGCGUUGUAUAUGCUCUCCUCUGCUUAUCGGCUCACACUGCACCACCUAGCGGGUACCAUCUAUUGCCUGAGUUACCAUGCGAAAUUACGCCAG